UUAAUUUUUAAUUUUUUUUAACCUUACGCUGUUAAGCUAAUGCCACUACCUGAGGACCCACAAAACUCAAGACUGCCUAGACUGCCUGACUGUAAGGACGACUUUGCAUGUCAAAAAAAGACAAAAAAAUUAAAAAUGUAUAAAAAAACCACUGCAGUAUGACACAGACUUUAAGGUUGUGACUCAUUACAGCUGAAUUACUAUUAUUUAUCCUUGUGAUAAAGCGUUCUUGUCACCAUUGGAAGUUUUCAACUUGGCUUAAACGGGUAAUUCACAUUUCCUUACCAGCGAACAAAAUGCUACUAGCAGAAGGAAUCAGUCGAGGAGGCAUUAGUGGAAGUGCAGCAGCAUCAGAUGGAGGCGAAUUCCACAUGACAACUACUGAGAUUACUGGGAUAUCAUCAGAUUCCAUCCCAGUUCAUCCAUUAGGUGUUAAACCCCUUGGGAACCUAUAUUUCGCAUCUGGUCCCACUGCUCGGCAGUCUCUCGGGUUGUUAACUCAACUUCCAGAUGAGAUGAUAUUGCAGAUACUCGAAUAUUUUGAUAUCCAGACACUGAAAGACGUCGGGUCUACUUGUCGCUUCCUCUACGCCUUUUGCCAUCUCGACGAGCUUUGGAAGGCAUUAUUUCUCGAUGCUGGCUUGCGACCACAUACCUGGAAAGGUUCAUGGAGAGGCACACUCCUAAACGCUCCUGCCGGCUGGCGACCUAGGAUUGACUGUAGCAAUGUCUUCUCCGACGUCAUUCAUAGACCUUUUGCUUGUACUUACGUUGCCGUUGAGAAAUAUGCAUCGAGUAUUCCUCGAGCAAAUCAGAUCGGCAGGUUACAGGAACUCGGCUAUGAUAAGUUCGCACAGAAUUGGAGCAGUAAGCCAUUUAUAUUGACCGAUUGCAUUCAACGUUGGCCGGUAUAUAGCGACUGGACUGUCGAGGAAUUAAAUAAGAGAUAUUCAGCAGUUGAGUUCCGUGCCGAAGCUGUGGACUGGCCAUUCUCAGUUUACCAUGCAUACAUGUCUAAUAACGAGGAUGAAAGCCCGCUGUACCUGUUCGACAAGGGUUUCGCUGAGAAGAUGAAUAUUCACAUCGGAUGUGGUGCGGAUGCGGCAUACUGGCCCCCCGAGUGUUUUGGCCCGGAUCUAUUCGAGCUCCUUGGAGAGGAAAGACCAGCUCAUCGAUGGCUCAUUAUCGGACCUAAGCGUAGUGGUUCAACUUUUCACAAGGAUCCGAAUGCCACCAGCGCCUGGAACGCCGUUUUGGAAGGAUCGAAAUACUGGAUUAUGUUUCCACCCACGGCGCAGGUUCCCGGCGUUUAUGUUUCAGAAGACAGCAGUGAAGUUACUAGUCCGCUCAGUAUCGCCGAGUGGCUACUUGAGUUCCAUGCCGAAGCACGUAAGGUGCCAGGCUGCGUGGAAGGCGUUUGCAAAGCGGGCGAAAUCUUACACGUGCCCAGCGGUUGGUGGCAUUUGGUUGUGAACCUCGAAGCUGGUAUUGCUCUUACUCAAAACUUCGUACCCAAAUCACACCUCUCGGAUGUUCUCGCUUUCCUUAGAGACAAGCCAGAUCAAGUGACCGGCUUCAAAAGCAACAUUGAAAGCCCAUAUGACCUCUUCGUUGAGCGGCUUAAAACUGAUUAUCCCAAAUUUCUUAACGAUGCACUUGAAGAGUUAGAACGGAGGAACUUGACGAAGAAAAGGAAAUGGGAGGAGGCCAUCGGAAAGAAGAAUGACGAUGAGAAUGUUGGUGGUAGUGGUGGUGGUGGUGGCUUUAGUUUUGGGUUUGGAGAUGAAUCCGACGAGGAGGUUCCAUAGAAUAAAGGAUGGAAAUAUUAAGUAUGGUACCUAGAAAACCCCCCAUCCCCCCCCUUUGAAACUCCCCAUUACCUAGGUAGACGUGGGGGUAUGACAAGAGUGACAAGAGCUACAUAGGUAUGUACACCUAUAGGAGGUACCUAUGGGAGGUACCUAUUUAUGUAGGCGUCUCUGACCUAUGGAAGAUAAGACCGCAUUUGUCUCCGGUCAGCUUCUUCGUCUCUCACAGUAAAAAGCGGCUGAGGGGCACUGAAAAAAGAAUGUUGGUGGCUUGCGCCCUCCAGCUGCGAACCUUUCACUGGUGUGUACACCCUGCUUCCGGAAUGGAAAUAGUAGUUCUAAAUCGAACAAGGCGGCCGGACAUUUUUAUCUUAGGUACCUUACCUGGGUUACUUACUGCUUUAUUUCACCGAGUUCCACUAGGCGGUGUCCUGUCAUCUAUAAAAGUGUUGGGAUUAAAAUAAAAUCUUAUGAAUUAGAAGUGAGUUGGCAUUUUUGCAUUACAUACCUACCUAGGUAGUAGUAGAUGGUAGAGGUAUUUCGGUGUAAGAGGU